AUGCUGGUGUGUGUUGCAGAGUUUUCAGAAAGCAGAAAGAAUGUCCAAAAGGAAAACCAAGGCAUAGGAAAUGCCAGGGUGGUUAACAACUCUUUAAAGCUAAAGGGGCAGCAAGCACCCGUUCACCUCACCUUACCACCUUUUCUUCCCUCUCAGUCCCAUGGAGGUGCCAUAUUUUCGGCCUAUGGUCAUUCACAUGAGAAAAGGGUCAUGUCAUGUGGUGUGAUGGUGGGACCAUGGAGCAUAGGAAGCAUAGGAAAAAGGGUUACACAGGCAAAACUUACUCAGCCACAUGAGUAA